GCUGCGUAAGCCGUCUCCAUCCGCAUUGAUGGGCAACCAUUGUUUGUCACUAGCUUUGGCUAAUGCACGUCGACGUUUAGAAGGUCCACAUGCUUUGGCUAAUGCACGUCGACGUUUGGAAGGUCCACAUGCCCCACUAGGCCAGAGGCGGUAAGGACCAGACAGCACAUUCACUAACCCCCACCUGAGCCACAACAACAGCCACAUCUACAAAACAUCUUCGACCCCCUGUCCCUACACGUCCACACCAGCCUUUAAGCCAAAGUAGUCCUGAGAAAGAAUUGGAUCAUCACCCACAGCCCGCUCAGAAUGUCUCACAAACGCAAGAAGUCUCUCCUCAUCGGCAUCAACUAUGUCAACUCCGAGCAUGAGCUCAAAGGCUGCCACUCCGAUGUCGACAACAUGGCCGAGUUCCUUUCAUACCGCGGCUACGAUAAUGGACACCGCAACCGUGCCAUCCUGACAGACCGUCCUGAGGUCCCUUAUGAUUCGCCCUACUAUCCCAACGGUCACAACCUUCUUGCGGCCAUGGAUUGGCUUGUCUCCGAACCAGGUUGCACACUCUUUAUGCACUACUCCGGCCACGGUGGCCAAAUUGCAGAUGUCGACGGUAACCGGGGAGUCGGUGGCAUGGACAACACCAUUGUUCCUUCUGAUUUCGAACAGCGAGGCCAGAUCUCGAGUACCAUUUUGCACGACCAUCUCGUCACACGUAUGGCGCCGGACUGUACGCUUUUCAUCAUCAUGGAUUGCUGUCACUCCGGAUCUGCCGUGGAACUUCCUUACGUCUACCGCUCCGACUCUGACGGCCAGAUCAGUCUCAUGGACAAUGUGCGCGCUGGAGCUCGAUUGCUCGGUGAAGCCAACGACCUCAUCAACGGCGGCUUCAGCUACAGGAAAGUCGGCGAGGCGCAGGAGCUCCUUGCCGGUGCAACUUCGUUCUUCAAGGGGCUAAGGCACAUGGGCGAGCAGGAAGAGGAGGGGCUCAGUGGAGGUGAAUUCGAGGGUCAGUACGGGAGCGAGAAGAAGAUGGUCACGAUGUUCAGUGGAUGCAAGGAUGACCAGACUAGUGCGGAUGCGAAGAUUCGGGGCGAGGCGACGGGCGCAAUGACAUGGGCGUUCUUGGAGACGAUGAAGAGGGACCAGAACCCGACAUAUGCAGCGACAUUGCAGUUGACGAGACAGUUGCUGGAUCAGAGCAACUACACGCAGAUUCCGCAGUUGAGCUCUGGUCUGGACAUCGAUCUAGACAACAUGUCCUUGGUUUUUUAGUCGUUAUAGUACCAGGCUCGAGAAGUGAUGAUAGAAGUGAUGGUUCAAGUGUAGUGGAUGAGCCU